UGGGGCCUAUUGAAUGUCUUCCUCAUCUCUCUCUGCGCCCCAUUGAUUGUAUAACCGUUCAAAUUAAGACCACAACUGCCUAAAAGACCUUAAAAAAGAAUGUUUAACAUGCUCCAAACAGGUCAUCCCUGAUAGAAUGAGUACAUACGUGGAAUGUUGAGCAGUGAUUAAGGGAAAUUCAACAACACAACAAGCUUUGUUCUUAAUUCUGCAGAUUUUCCGACACGCUGUCGACCCCAGAGACAUCACUCUCAUGCUUGCCUAUGAGACAGUCCGGAUAGAGCUGGUGCAGAUGAUGCCUCCAGUGGGGGACACUCUGGCUUGUUUUGAAGAAGAUGCUCAAAGUUUUUUAUUUCCAGAACCCAAGCUUGUUCGCCCCUUCUCUGGAGUGGAUCGAGAGGUUCUGAUGAGCAGAGCACCUCAUUUUCUUGGUAUUGCUCCGAGGUUGGAGUUCACCACCAAAACAACCAUCACUGAGUGCUCACCUGAUGCUGAGGUCAAGGUUUACCCAAAUAAACCCAUGAAGCCAUUUGGAAAACAGAGCACGAGGCGAUCCAGUAAACCGGGAACAAGAUGUCCUCCAAUCCGUGGAGGGGAGCGCGGGGACAGGGCUGACCGUGGGAGGGAGAGCAUCGUCUGGCCUUUACCACACCAGCCCAGAUCCCUGUCCCUGUCCCCUCUGAGGGACAGGAACCCUCAGCAUCCGGCCCGGCUUAGCUCAGACUCGGUGGAAAGGGACACCGGGAUAUCUCGAGCAUUCUCGGCUGGGCUGAGUGGGCUUCGCAGACCACAGGGGCGGAGUCUUCUGAAGCAGUGGGGAGAGCACCAGGUUGCUGAGUUCCUGGCCUGGAACCAGACAGUCUGCAUGGUUGACCAGCUCCUCUUCUCAUCUGACCAAGCCUUCCAGCACAGGCAGAUAUUCCCCAACCAGAAGAAACUCAUUUUCCAGUGGUUUGGUAACAAUUUCAUUUCAAGAUUCUCUUUAAAAAAAAAAGUUGUGGCCCAUGUGUUGGCGAAAUACCUGAAGAUGAUCCCAUGUCUUUGGAAACACACGAGCUCUCUGCCAGUCAUCGUGGUCCUCGCCCUUCAGAACUACAGCGGUCCUAUAGAAAAGGGCCCGCUCACAUCAGGCGAGAGUGCAGUCCUCACAGAGCGUGGGAGGAGGUCCAUGAUCGAGUUCGGGGACUCCUCACUACUCCUAAAGCUGUGCGCAGACUUCUUAACGGAGCCACAGUCUCUGAGGUGGACGCCGUCUUGGCCAGGAGGUCCAUUUCUCCAGGUCCUACUUGCUGACCUGGCCUGUAUCGUAUGUAACCUAUGCUCUUAGCUGGAUUUGGAAAUAACGUCUUGUAAAGCUGCAUAUAUGCAUCUUUACAUGAACUCUUUAGUUCUCUUGUCACUUGACCUACAGUAAAACUAAAGCUUAGGACAAUCUAGGCCCGGACAUUAAUGACAAAGCAAUGCUGUGAUGUGACAGUCAUGUGAACAUCUGCCGUUUAGAUCUCAUUCAGGGGAACAGGAAAAAAAAAAAUAACAACGGUCUCAUCUCCUCAGACAGAUGUGUGUGUUGCAGUGGUUUGAUGUCUAGAUGAUUCCAAAAACAAUGCGAUUAGAAUAUGAUGUCGAUAAACAUUUUUGUGCUGAGCCCGGCUUUGCGGCAGCGUUCGGGCUUUACUGUCAUCAGGGAGCUGACAUUGUGGAGUCCUCCACUAAAUCACCAGAGGACCAUUAAAAGUUAAUGGGAUCUAUGGCAAGGCGGCUCUGUGUGAGCUACUGCGAUAUUAUUCCAGAAAAGGGCGAUCUUUGCGAGUGUGAGGC